AUGUCAGCUGGGGCAAAUCCAAAGACUUUGAGUUCAAUAUUGGAGUCUACUAUAGCUGCAACUAAAAAUGAUGAUUUUUUGGACAAUCACCACACUUUGUUGUCACCACAGAGACGGGGAUUCUCUUCUGGAUGUAAAGCGGCAUCUCCGCCAAAGUCGGCCGACAAAUCUCAUCAUCAACAACCAUCUUCUAGCCGUUCCCGUUGGCAAAUUAAAAAUAAUGGAAUUGACUUUAAACCUGCUUUUCAAAAGAAUGCUCUUGAAGCAAAUUCUCGUUCAAGCCGUUCAAGUCAAAACAAUACGGUUAGUAGUGGUAAAGAAGUGGGACAUUCAACUUCUUGGAAUACUAGUGGACAUUCUAAACAAGGAGAUAAGGGUCGUCGCUUUGGUGAUAGAGAAUUUAGUGAAAGAGAACGUACGCGUAGCUCAAACACAGAAUCUGAACAGGUUCCAGAAUGGAUGAAUGCUGGGCCAACUUCUGUUUUUGAUGUGAUUGAAUUGAAAGGAUUUGAUGAUGAUGAAGAACAACAAGAACAGCCAGCAGCUGAAAAAAGUAUUUUUUUGAAUAUUAUGGGGACAGGUCGUGAGGUUUCAACUGGUUCCCUUUUUUGA